AUGACAACAAAAUUGUUAAAUCGUCGACAAGCCCGUUGGUCCGAAUUCCUUUCACGUUUCGAUUUCGUUAUACAAUUUCGGCCACGAAAACAAGGAACGAAACCAGAUGCAUUGACUAGGAGGUCAGGUGACCUACCUAAAGAGGGGGAUGAACGGUUGACGCAUCAGAGUCAAGUGAUUUUGAAGCGAAAAAAUUUGGAUACUAAGCUAAGUUUGUUCGCGGGUUCUUUGUCAAAUGAAUCCGCUGAAGGAGCGUCUACUGUAGAGGAGUUAUUUUCAAAAGCUUACCAAGUUGAUAGUUUUCCAAACAAGAUCCUCACUAUGCUUCGGAAUGGCGUUCGCCACUCGAAUAAAGUUUCACUUGCCGAAUGCACGGAACAUAAUAACGGUCGGCUACUUUAUCGAGGCACGCUAUAUGUACCAGAUGACAAUCACCUUCAGUUAAGGCUUUUAAAAGAAGACCAUGAUAAACCAUCCGCAGGACAUCCGGGUAGAGCAAAGACAUUGGAACUUCUAAACCGAGAAUAUUAUUGGCCACAAAUGCGAAAAUAUGUCGACCAUUAUGUUAGGAAUUGCAAUGUGUGUAUCCGUAGCAAGACACCACGCAAUGCACCUUAUGGAGUACUCCGUCCUAUGCCAAUACCUGAGGGACCGUGA